AUUAGUGACAUUCUCCCUAGCCACAGGAAUGGCAAAGUUGCAAUGCUCAUCAGAGCCUUCUUGCAAAUGUCUAAUGGACAGUGACGGACUGUACGCAGACUGUUCCCAUCAAAAUCUCACUGAAUCACCAAUCUUUUCACCAGACGUCAAAAUCGUCAACCUCAGUCACAAUAAACUAAAGUGUUUGCCUUCAAGAGAACGCAUUCCAGAUGGAUUGGUGCAUUUAGACCUUUCAUAUAAUUUUACAUACACACUGUCAGGCGAUUCUUUUCAGGGGCUCAGGAACCUAACUAUACUUUUAUUACAACAUAAUAAAUUACGCAAACACAAUCAUACAGAAGGAAUAUUUGAAGAUCUAAGGAACAUUCAAAUCCUGGAUUUAUCAUACAACAUAAAUUUGACAUCUAAAAUCCUUAGAAGUCUUUCUUUUGACCUACAGAACACGUCAAUCAGGAUCCUUCUUCUGAAUAAAAUUCACUGUGCAUUUGGAAUGGGGACCAAAAUUCUUGUAGAGGAUGUUGAAUUUUUAAAUUAUACAAAGUUAAAGGAAUUACAUUUAGAUAGUAACAGAAUAGAAAUGUUUGAGAAAACCGCAAUCUGCUAUCUACCAAAGACCAUUGAGUUCGUAUCGGUAUCUGACAAUAAAUUCUCGUUUGGAAAAUACGUUUAUGAUGACAAUGCCUUUUAUGUAUGGGAUGGUCCAGUUCAUGGAUUGGAUUGCAUAAAUGUUGUCAAUCUUUCAAAUAAUUUCUGCUCUUAUGUCUCAGAACACUUUUUCCAAUAUGCAGGAAGUUCGACAGAGUUAUACCUUAGAAACAAUAUCCUAGGCUUCAGCUUGGCAAGGGACAUUGGAGGUUUAAUAUUCAGAAACCUGAAUAAACUGGAAAUUUUGGAUUUACAAGAAAAUAGAAUUUCAACAUUGCCAAAAGCUGCGUUUCAGGGUCUUAUUUAUUUAAAGUAUUUAGAUUUGAGCAACAAUUUCCUCAAAUCAUGGGAUAUAGACACCACCCAUAUGAGAUCUGUUAACUUUAUAGAUCUAUCGGGCAAUGAAAUAACUUCUUUGUCUGGUGAAUACAUGAAAGAUUUUGACAGGUUAGGAACAGCCAAUACACUAACUCUGAACUUGUUGAAAAAUUCUUUUAUGUGUAAUUGUAGAACAAUCACCUUUAUGAAAUGGAUGGCGGAAAGGAAUAAAAUCAAGAAAAUAACAUUUUUGAAUUUUGAAGAUUACAAUUGCACUAAAAAUACAGAACACGGUGGAGAAAUCUUAAAAUUUGAUGAAAUUGAGAGACAUAUUUUUGAUUUACAAAGAGAAUGCCGUUCAUAUACAGCAAUUAUUUUUGUAACCACAGGAACAUUCGUUUGUUUCCUUAUCAUACUUUGUACUGGAAUUGUCUAUAGAUAUAGGUGGAAACUUCGCUAUUUUUAUUAUAUGACAAAAAGCCGUUACCAUGAGUACAAAUCCGUGCGAAGUGAAAACCUUCCCCUUAACCAGUAUGAUGCAUUCGUUUCCUAUGCUGAUGAAGACAGAGUAUUUGUUCUGAGAUUGAUUAAAGAGCUGGAAGAGGAGGCAGGCCUAAAAUUAUGUAUUCAUCAGCGUGAUUUUGUACCAGGAUUCGACAUAGCUGAGAACAUUAUAACUGCUGUAAACAAAAGUAGAAAAACGAUUAUUCUCCUUUCCCCUAACUUCAUCAAGUCCAGCUGGUGUAUGUAUGAGUUACAUAUUGCCAAGAUGGAAGAAAUUUACAGUAGGAAUGAAGAAAAUGUGAUUUCCCUUAUUCUCUAUGAGACUAUGCCUUUGCAGGAUAUUCCUCUUACCUUAAUGGAUCUAAUCAACCAAAAGACAUACAUAGAGUUUCCAAAUGAUGAUCAAGAGUUUGGCGAAGAUGUGUUUUGGAGUACUCUAAAGGAAUCUUUCCGAUGA